GUGUGGCCCGCGCGGGGGGCGGGGGAGGGGAGGCGGGCAAGAUGGCGCCCGGCGAGUAAAUUCUCCCUAAUCCCCCUGCGGCUGCUGAGAAACCGGGGCGGGGGGUUCUGCCCCCACUCCCUCCGCUCCUCCUCUCCCCCGCCCCUGGAGGUCUCCUUCCCUUCCUCUCUCCACCUCGGGGGCGGGCCUGCUUCCCGGGACACCAUGUCGGACUCUGAGGAGGAGAGCCAGGACCGGCAACUGAAAAUCGUCGUGCUGGGGGACGGCACCUCCGGGAAGACCUCCUUAGCUACGAGUUUUGCUCAAGAAACUUUUGGGAAACAGUACAAACAAACUAUAGGACUGGAUUUCUUUUUGAGAAGGAUAACAUUGCCAGGAAACCUGAAUGUUACUCUUCAAGUUUGGGAUAUAGGAGGACAGACAAUUGGAGGCAAAAUGUUGGAUAAAUAUAUCUAUGGAGCACAGGGAGUCCUUUUGGUAUAUGAUAUUACAAAUCAUCAAAGCUUUGAGAAUUUAGAAGAUUGGUAUACUGUGGUGAAGAAAGUGAGUGAGGAGUCGGAAACUCAGCCACUGAUUGCUUUAGUUGGAAAUAAAAUUGAUUUGGAGCACAUGCGAACAGUAAAACCUGAAAAACACUUACGGUUUUGCCAGGAAAAUGGUUUCAGUAGUCACUUUGUCUCCGCCAAGACAGGAGACUCUGUCUUCCUGUGUUUUCAGAAAGUCGCUGCUGAAAUCCUUGGAAUCAAAUUAAACAAAGCAGAAAUAGAACAGUCACAGCGUAUUGUCAGGGCAGAAAUAGUGAAGUAUCCGGAAGAAGAUGAUCCGCGUACCAGCUCUGCUCAGAGCACAGUCUGCUCUGUACAGUAGCGCAGAGGGUGGUGAAGGCAGACAUUGUAAACUACAACCAGGAACCUCUGUCAAGAACUGUCAACCCUCCUAGAAGCUCUAUGUGUGCUGUUCAGUGAGUGCGCUCUUCUCUGGCUCGGCAGCCCUGGCUGCCCUUCCCCGCUGGGUGUGCCUGUGGACUUCUGGGAGCCUGUUUUAUCAGUGACCAUCUCCAGUUCAGUUAACACUUUCCUCCCAACGCCCUUCAACAUUAAGUGUUGCCGCACAGCCGCAGCUCCUUGGAUUCUAAGGAACUCAUCUUUGGGACCACACACCUUGAACUCAGCGUGCAGAGCCCAUUCUCUGGACUUAGAUCGCUUCAUCGAGGAAGAACGAUGUUGCUUCUCUCUGUGUUCUCGCUGCUUUUCUCCCCGAUGUAAUUUUUUUAUCACUAAAUAUGAAAACUCUCCAAGUCUUGACCGCCAGCCAGGAUUUUGCCACACACAGUUCCAUGCUUUUAUCUGAAUUCAUACACGUCGAAGUAUCCUCCGGAGUGCAGACAUCAAACAAGUAACAUGUUUUACGCAUAGGUACUUGAGAAGGCGUUCUCUUGCUGUCUUUUGUAAGUGAAAAUGUAUAAAGCUGUAUGUAACUGAAAAUCCUUGAAAUAAGGCUGUAACAGAAAUAUUUUUUCAUUUUUUAAAAAGGGGCCUAAAUUGUUUCUAUAGUAGUCUGUGACUCACAAAGCGGUGAGUAUUUGAUAUUGUGUUUUUAUGACUGUAUCAUGUUCAUUACGCAUCGUGUGAUGCCCACCUCAGAUGGCUUUAUGAAUUCUGAUGGAUGUUCAGCUAAUGUUCCCCAGGACUCUCUCCUGCAGACUGCGUGACUGCACUCCCACAAUGAGCUGGGACUGCUGCUGGGUCACUGUGGGCCAACUGUACCUGACGUUCAGAUGUUUUUCUCUCACAAAUAAAUUUAUUUAAAUUACUGUUUGGGGGGAUUUCCUUUCAUCUUUCUUUCUAUUACACAAAACAAAGUGUUUUUGGAUACAAAAUCAGUGACCCCAUGACAUUGAAGCACAGUUCAUCACUGAGCGUGCUGGGUGACUUUGUUGGACCAACUGGAAUCUGGACGCCAUCACCUGGUGUUUCAGGCUCCCUGCCAGCCGCAUGCUCCCCGCUUCCCCCUGCGCCUCCCGCAGUGCAGGCAGGGCUGGGCUCACUCCUGUCAGCCUGGUGCCCUGCCUUCCCGCCUUUGCUCCACAGAUCGCUCUGCU